AUGGCAGCUAUAUUUAAUGCUUUAUUCGGUACAUAUCCUGAACCGGAACAACAAAAUAUUGCAACAGAUCAACCUACAGGAGUAGCAGUUAAAUCGGCUAAUGUUGCUGAAAGUCUUCAUACAUCAGUUAUUGUUGAUGAUGUUCGUGUUAAUUCUGUUAUAUCAUCUGAAGCUCAAGCAAAUUUAACAAUUAAUAAUAAAGUUAAUAUUGUUAGUUUAUUUUCACAAUUAAGUACAACACAUGCACAAGUUGAUCAAUAUUCUCGAGCACGUACACAUGAAAUCAAUGAACAAAUUAAAAACUCAAUUGCUGAUGUUCUUGCAAAUACUCAACGUCAACAAGAACAAUUAUUAUUUGAUGCAAAUCAACGUCAUUUAAUCAUUGAAAAUGAAUAUAAACUUCAAUUACAAAAAGCUGUUGAAGCAUUAGAUGCUGUUAAAGCUAAAACUUUAGCCGAUUUAGAACGUGAUUUACAAGCUCGACAACAAUUAAUCAUGUUUGAAGCUAAACAACAAAUUGAUACUAUAAAUAAUCAAGCUAAUGCCGAUAAACUACAUGCUUUAGUUGAAGCACAAGAACUAGCUAAACAAAAUAUUGCUAGUCUUACAGAUCAAAUUGUUGUACCAGAUCAACAAGAUGUUCAAAAUUUAUUACAAUCAACAACUACUACUAUAAUUACUUCUCAAGCACAAACUAUAGAGAAUCCACAAAAUAUUGUAAAUGCACCUGUUACAGACACAGUUAUUACAACAAAUGAUCAAAAAGUUACUAAUGUUGUUGAUAAUCAAAUGCAACUAGUUGUGAGAAGUCCAUCGGAAUUAAUAUCGACACCAACAUUUCCUACGAAAAAUGAAGAAAAUAUAACUACUGUUAGUACAAUCAAUACUGAAACAUCUAACCUCACAACAACACCUCCAACAUCAGUAGCUGAUUCUACAAAUGUCGAAACCGAAUUCAAACCAGUACAACAUAAUGCAAACAUUUAA